CAGCACUAUCUUUAACUCAAACUGAAGCAGAAGAAAAGCUUGAAGAACUUCAACAACAAGUGACUCUUAACUUGCAAGAAAUUGAUAAAAAUUUCGCAGAGUGUACACGCAUUAUUAACGAACUCACCAUACCAGGCGUUGAGAGAUAUGCUGAACAAACAAGCGCUAUAUGGGAACUAAGCAAAGUAUGGUCUGCUUUCUUUGAAGCCAUGGACUUUAGAACCAAAUUACCAUCAUACGAUGAUGAUCCACCAUUACCACUUUUCUCGCCCAGUUCAACCAAUAGAGAGCAUACUAUGAGUAAUAUCUCUGCAUAUGCAAAGGGUCUUAGAAAACAAAUACAAGAAGAUUCAACACAAGAUACAACAACAAGUGAAUACUCAAAACCUACUCAUUUGGAAGACUCAGGCUCCAUGAGCUUCAUUGGUACAAAAAGAAAAAAUCCAGAUUCUAUUCGAUCACCACCACGUAUUAUGCCCUAUAUCACUGAGCCUAGUAGUUUAGCAAAUACACCUAGAAAUGAAGCAGCACGUAUAUUGACUGAGAACAGUCUUCAAGCAGUCGAUAUGGGCGAAUCCAUUUCACCUGAUGAUGAGUCAAUGCAGUCCUUUUAUGAACAUACACCGAGUCAUGUAGCAUCUGAUAAACAACCUUGGCAGGACGCACCUGUCAGAGAAGACUGGGACAAUACCAACCUGAUGGAAACAGAAAGUGAAGAGCAACGAAGAAAUUUUGACAUUUUCAUUCAAAAAAGACAGACAGCGAAAUCAAAAGUAGCAGAUCAAGAAUUACAGCGACGUUGGACAGGAGCAUUGCGUUCACCGAGCAAUCGAGCAUCAAAACCAAUUCAACAGCAACAACACGAAGAAGAACAGUCUAAACUUGUCGGUACACCCACUAUUGAACGAGUAUUGAAUAGAAAGCAAUUGAAUCUCAAAAAAGACAACUACUUUCUUCAAGAUGAAGACGAAGAUAUGGGUGCUUAUGAAUUCUCUGACAAAUUGCCUACACAAUAAAAUCAAAAGUACACAAUUUCUUAAAUGAGUUGGUAAAGAAAUU